AUGCCAAAACCUCCUUUCUUCAAGCGCCGCCGCCGAUCAACCCCAAACCCAGCCAAGAUAGACGAAGACAAAAUCCUGGACACCGAAAUCACCCAAGUAACCCGAGACCGCAAGCGUGAGACAGCAAUCACUUUCAACGUGUUCUAUGGGAAACCUGAUCUGUCCCGCAAGCUCCUUAAGCACGUCGCUUUCACUGACAAUGCUGCCAUACACACGGAAUUCUUCGAACAGUGUGGCAGACCCGUGCUGGUGCAGGCUGGGAAAAAGAACGGUAAAGGCAAAGGCGAAGGGAAGGGGAAGGGGAAGGGGAAGGGAAAGGGAAAAUCCGAAAUGAAUCAUGCUUCUCAUCCAAGCCAAAGUGUGGAAAGCGGGUUGCCGCAGUUUCAAGAGUUGGCAUAUUUGGCUGCGGGUUUCAAUGAGGAGGUUUUGAAGUUGUGUGACGGGGGUUGUGCUGGAUGUGGCAGCAGUAGUGGCGAAGGAACCGAUGGUUAUGGAGGCAAAGGGAAAGGAAAGGCACGUGAGGAUGGGGUGUGGAUGCGUAGGCUUAUGAUGGCUAUUGCGCGUUUGGUAGAGGAAUUUGAGACGUAUGAGAUGGCUAAGAAGGCUAUUGGUAUUGUGGAGAAAACUGAAAGCAUGAGUGAUAAGGAGAUGCAUCCCUUUGUGAAUAUGCUGGCGGUGCCUGUCUGCGAACCGGAUGGGGAGUGUCAGAACGUCGUGGAGAAGGCUAUCGACUCAUUUGUGCAGGGAAUUCUGAAAGGUUUGGAAAAUGGUCAAAGGAGAUAUAGUGCUAAGUUCCUAUCAUCCAAAAGCGCAGCGAUUGACUACAGUGUCUGGGAGGAUGACAUGGAUCGGAGUGACGGCGAUACCGAGGACAACGACGAUGAUACUGACGAUGAUACAGAGCAAAAAAACAGGUCUUCGUCCGGGGCUAAGACCAAACCAAGAAGUUGGAUCACCGGCAUGACUGUCGAAGACUUCCGCUUGGCUGUCGAGAAUGGAGCGACCUGGGAUCAGCUCAAGGAGCUCUGCUUCGAAAAGCUUAGGAUCGUGAUCGAUUUCCGGCCUCCUGUGACGCCAAUGAUGCUGGCCACGUCUCCUACUUCGCCUGUCGCUGCUAGUACACCAUCUGGGAGUUUCCAGGGAGGAGUGUUGGAGCGUGGAGAAUUGACUUCUAACUUCGGAUCUAGUUUUGGCUACACGAGCUCUGCUACGACUUCAUGGUCAUCCGCGGGCCUGAUUCCCUCUUUCUAA